AGCGCUCGCGCACCUCUCGGAGUCCCAGCCAAGCCCACGAGCAGAGAGGAAGGAAAAGUUUGCCAAAUGGAUUUCUCUGCCGGAUUAAGACCUUUAUUAUUUUCAUAUGUACUCAUUAAUGGCAUACUUAUCACUCUACAGACUAAAGAAGAGGUGCUUCUGGAUAUGAGGGCAACAGGAGGUGAACUGGGCUGGUUGACAUGGCCCUUAGAUCAGGGAGACAAGCCCGGGUGGGAGGUCACCCAGAGGACCCUGAACGGCUCUCAGUUCUACACCUACUCCGUCUGCAAUGUUGCGGAACGUGAGCAGGACAACUGGCUGCGCACCACCUUCAUCCAGAGGCAUCCAUCGGCUUCGCGGGUUUUCGUUGAACUUCAAUUCAUCGUACGCGACUGCAACUCUUUCGAUGCCACCUCGCUGACCUGCAAGGAAACCUUCAACCUCUUCACAUCCGAGUCGGACGCGGACGUGGGGACCACCUUCCACAAGGGCCAGUUUAAGAAAGUUGCCACCAUAGCGCCUGAUGAGAUCACCAGCAAAAAUGACCUGCGCAUCAACACUGAGACGCGAGUAGUGGAGAACCUGUCGAGAAAAGGCUUCUACUUGGCUUUUCAAGACAUCGGAGCCUGCGUGGCCCUUCUCUCAACCAGGGUGUACUACAAAACUUGCCCGGCCACAGUGAAGAGCCUCGCGUCUUUCCCGGAAACCGUGGCCGGAGGGGAGAACCAGGCGCUGAGGGAAGUGAGCGGCGUGUGCGUGGAUAACGCCGUCAGCGAGGAUUUGCCUCGUAUCUACUGCACUGUGGAUGGGGAGUGGGUGGUACCAGUCGGACAGUGCCAGUGCAAACCAGGCUACGAAGAAGUCAAAGAUGCGUGUCAGGAAUGUCAGCCAGGCUUCUUCAAAGACGCACCAUCCAGUGACAAGUGUGAGCAGUGUCCUGCCAACACCCAGAGGCUGGACACUGGGGCUUUGUUUUGUCCCUGCAUGGAUGGCUUCUACCGUGCUCCCAGUGACCCCCCUACUGGACCCUGCUCAGGCCUCCCCUCCGCACCACAAGACCUCAUAUCCACCACCACCCAGCUCUCAGCUGGAAAACUCCUCCUCUCAUGGAGCCCGCCUGAAGACACCGGCGGUCGAACCGACAUCACCUACAGCGUUGAAUGCCAGCGCUGCGAGGGCAUUGUGUGCCAGGCCUGUGGAGAGAAAAUCCGCUACGAGCCGGCCAGCACCGGCCUGACCCAAACCAAAGUAUCCGUGAGCGAGUUGGACGCUCACCUCAAUUACACCUUUACUGUGGAGGCACAUAGCGGCGUGUCGCUGUUCGCGAGUCAGGCAUCUCCGCGGGCUUUUAGACCGCCAUCUACCAGCGCUCUGACUACAUCCCUGCACUACACAGACCCGCCAAAGAUUACCACCAUGCGACUGGUGGAGAAGACUUCUACCAGCUUGUCCCUUUCCUGGGAUGUUACACCCCGCCCUCGGGCCCAACCCCGUACCAUCCGCUAUGAACUGACCUACCGCAAGAAGGAUGAUAACUUGGAUGUUACUACCUACAUUGUGCUCCUCCUGGAGAAGAAUUAUGUGCAGAUCAUGGAUCUGGCCCCAGGCACAGCCUACCUGUUCAGGGUGCAGGCCCUCAGCAGUGAUGGCAGCCCUGGAGGCUCCAGCAUGGAGGAACAAUUUGAGACUUCUCCUGAAGGACGCCUAACACAGACCAACACGGCAGGCAUCCUUGGCGCAGCGGUUGGAGGAGCGGCCAUGUUGUUCAUUGUGGUCGUGGUCCUGUUCCUGCGCAGACGGAAAAGAAAUUCUCACUCCAGGCAAGGACCAGAGGACACAUAUUUCUCAAACUCAGAGCAAUUAAAGCCUCUGAAGACCUACGUGGAUCCACAUACAUAUGAGGACCCCAACAUAGCCGUCCUGAAGUUUGCCACAGAAAUCCACCCCAGCCACAUAAGCAAACAGAAAGUCAUUGGAGCCGGGGAGUUUGGUGAGGUGUAUCGCGGCAUCCUGAAGCCUCCGGGGAGGAAAGAAGUUGCAGUAGCGAUCAAGACACUGAAGCCGGGUUACACGGAGAAGCAGAGGCAGGACUUCCUAAGCGAGGCCUCCAUCAUGGGCCAAUUCUCCCACCAGAACAUCAUUCGGUUGGAGGGGGUGGUCACCAAAUGUAAGGAUUUCUGUGAGUUUUUCAAACAUGCCAUGAUUGUGACCGAGUACAUGGAGAAUGGAGCACUGGACAGGUACCUCAAGGACCAUGAUGGCGAGUUUCCCUCCUUCCAGCUGGUGGGCAUGCUGCGCGGCAUCGCUGCCGGCAUGAAGUACCUCUCUGACAUGAGCUACGUGCACCGAGACCUAGCUGCCCGCAACAUCCUCGUCAACAAUGAACUGGAGUGUAAAGUGUCAGACUUUGGACUGUCCAGGGUGCUGGAGGACGAUCCUGAGGGGACGUAUACUACAAGUGGAGGUAAGAUCCCUAUCCGCUGGACGGCUCCAGAGGCAAUAGCAUACAGGAAGUUCACCUCAGCUAGCGAUGUGUGGAGUUUUGGCAUCGUCAUGUGGGAGGUCAUGGCCUUUGGCGAGAGGCCUUACUGGGAUAUGAGUAACCAUGAGGUGAUGAAGGCUAUCAACGAGGCUUUUAGGCUGCCUGCGCCCAUGGACUGCCCCUCCGCUGUUUACCAGCUGAUGCUGCAGUGCUGGCUCCAGGAUCGCUCCAAGAGGCCGCGCUUUGGAGACAUCGUCAACCUUUUGGACAAGCUGCUGCGGAGCCCAGACUCCCUGAAGACCAUCGCAGACUUUGACCCACGCAUAUCCAUUCGCCUGCCUAGCACCAGCGGCUCGGACGGUUCCCCCUUCAGGUCGGUGUCUGAGUGGCUGGAGUCUAUCAAGAUGAGUCAGUACAGCGAGAACUUCGCCUGCGCUGGGGUCGUCACCAUGGACCAGGUCCUGCAGAUGAAGAACGAGGAUAUCAAGAACAUCGGGGUGAGGCUGCCUGGCCAUUUGAAAAGAAUCGCCUACAGCAUCUUGGGUUUAAAGGACCAGACCAGCACCCUGAGCGUCUUUGCAGUGUGAUCCUGACAACAUAAAGGGAAUAAACUCGGGCACUGAAGCCGGCAGCCUUUUGAACUCUAAGCUGAGCUGGAGCGACUCUGCAGGCGCGGCCUCGGAUCAGCAGGACCAAGAGAACUUUGCCAUCCAAUGAGGCCGACUAAAUCAGACUGACUUACUGUACAUUUUUUAUUUCUUCAUCUUAUCCACGCGGGAAUGGAGCAAAUAUACAACAAUAGAUGUAUCACGUAGACUCUGUAUAUUUAGAUAUCUAUUUUUACUAUACACAUCUUCUGUACAGUCACAAUUCAUUGCUCAUACAUUUAUUUUCCCCCCUUCAUUUUCGCAUUCCUGCUUCAUAAAAAUCAACAAUUAAGCGAGUUCUGGGAACGGAUAAAAUUGCACCCUGAGCUUGUUGCGUUCAGCUUGAAACAAACAAGGGAAGCACAGUAAGUGUGAUGGUGUGUGAGCAGUGGAGCCCAGCCCAGCCUAUGCUCAGGUUGCGGUUGGUGCUGAUGUCAUGGCGUCUCCCUUUUAAUUGGCACUUUGGUCCAUUUCCUGUAAGACCAAUGAGGACGGAGGGUCGGGAGGGCUGAAAUGGGCUUGAGCUGGCCAAGUUAAAGAGACGGUGCUGCUUAGGUUUAUAAACACAGAUGGACUUGCUGUUGUUACUGGCCUUCUGCUGGCUUUGUAUUGAAAUUAAGCUAUAAACAUAUAUGUAAUGUUUUAUGAAAAGAAGAAGAUAUAUUUGAGGUACUCGUUGUGUACAGAUUACCAAACAUUGGGAUUAUAAUAUUUUAUGUAGCACUUGGAUCAGAAAUCUCACUGUCUUGGUUCUUCUUAGUUAGAGUUUAAAAGACGAAUACACACACAAAAUCCCGAAAAAAAAGAAAAAUGGUAUAAAACCAUGAAAAUAGCAAUCCAUCUGUUUGUAGCGUGCCGGUUAUGAAGAGGUAGAGGGUAAAGUUUGCAAAAAAAAAAAAUGCAAUGCCACUGGAAAAAAUGUAAUGAGGAGUUGUGGUUGAGAUGAUUUCAUACUUAAUAACAGAAUGGUUUGCAAUUUCAACGUCUCAUAUUAAUUUGUGGAAACUAUAAAAAUAUCCAAUUAUAUUUCCGUGGGACAUGUUGAUGGGAUGAAACUAUAUGCUUUUGACAAUUAAGUGCCAAGCUCGCUCUAGACAUUCAAAGACAUUUUUGAAGUGCCUGUUUUUGUAACAUUAGUGGGAGUUUGCUUCUGUCACCUUUUAAUGAGGCGACUCUCUCUCUGUGUAUAGUGGACGGUUUCUCUAGUGCUCUUAAUUGAUGACUGCAAAUCAUUGUGUUACUGAUGUACACCUUCCUUUACUUGAAUUUUUACUGUGUUUUCAAAUGUAUCCAUGAUUCAAUUGUAGCUGAUAGACCCAUCUUUGGAAAAGGGAUUUUUUUCUUGUUUUUUUUUAUGUCUGGUUUACUGGUUGCAAUUAGAUUUUGUACAUUUUGUAUGAUUUUACUUUUUACCAUAUACCCAAACUGAUUAUUUUUCACUUUCCAAAGUCUCCUACCUUUGCUGUCUUUCCAAACAUUUUGAGAGUUCCUUCAUCAAAUUCCUUCCUUUUUUUUGCCUGUUUUAUACUGUAUUUAAUAGCCUAUUUAUUUUUUACUUGUAUUUAUUUAUGCUGAUAAACACUGAGCUGGGAUUAUAAUUGAAGGUUGUGCUCUCAUUCUGGAUAAUAAUAAUAAUAAAAAAGCUCUAAUGUCCCA